AUGGCUGAUGAAAUUCAAAAAAUUAAACAGGCUAUCGCUUUGAAUCAGGCGAUAAUAUUUAUUGGUGCAGGUGUAUCGGUUUAUACAACAAACAGCGAACAAGAAGUUUCUUGUUGGAAGGGGUUACUGAAACAUGGCCUUCAACGAUGCUAUCAAUCAGGCUGGAUCAGCGACGAAGAUUUUAACGAUUUCAAUGACAAAUCCAAGAGUAAUACGGCCGAGGUAGAUGACUAUUUGUUUGCAGCUCAUCUAAUUAAAAAUUCUUUUAAAAUGCAAAGUGAAAGGAAAAAAAACGAUAUGUUUAGAAUAUGGUUAAGAGAGACAGUAGGAAAAUUAUUAGCGAAGAGACCAGAACUCAUUGAGGCUAUUGGAGAAUUAGGAUGUCCAAUUUUAACAACUAAUUAUGACUCACUUAUCGAAGACACACUUAAUAGAAAAACAUUAACUUGGAGUAAAUAUCAUACUGACGGUAUCGAUGAUUCGUUGGAGAGAUUGCAAAAUUAUAUUCUACAUGUACACGGGCAUUUCGAAGAAUCAGAUAGUAUAAUUUUCACUAGCGAUGAUUACAAUCGAAUUCGUCAGUAUUACUUUGAACAAUCAAAAUUGAGAGGACUUUUGGAAACAAAAACUUUAAUAUUCUUUGGAUUCGGUUCUGGAUUGUCUGAUCCAAAUUUUUCGACGCUAUUAAAAUGGAUAGUUGAGUUAACCGAUGGCACACCAUUAACCAUCUAUAAAUUUAUUCUAUCCAGUGAAAAUAAAACGUUCAAUCAAAUAUCAAACGUUGCAUUUCCAGAAACUAUUCACGAAGUACAAUAUGGCAAUACUCUAGAAGAUCUACUACCCUUUAUUAGAGGUCUAAAAUCGUUUACACCAAUAAUUCGUGAAAGUUUAUCAUUUACGAUCCAAAAAGAAAGCGUUCGUAAGAAAUAUUUAAAUUAUCUCAUUCAUGAAUAUGGACAUGUAUCAAUAUUUGGUCAUUCUAAUGCUAACAUUAGUUUGCCUCUGGAAAGUGUUUAUGUUGAAUUAAAAUUUGAUCCAACGCAUCCAUCGAUUCGAGCAAUGAAAAUGCUCGAAACCAAUGAAGAGUUCAAACGUAAACUUUUAUCUCCAAGUUUUUUCAACGAUCAUCAACGAAGACAACUAAAUCAAGCUAUCAUAGAAAAAAAUGCAUAUAAAUCUGAUACGAUCUGUAGAGACUUUAUGAUUGAUCAAUGGUUAAACGUUUUGUUAAGUAACAGAGAUAUUUUUACUGAACAUGAAGCAGCUACUAUUAAUACGAAAGUGAAGAAACUUAAACGAAGUAUUCUAGAAACCAAUAGCUUUAAAGAAACAAAACAAUUUCAAAUUCAACAAGUAUAUAGUGAGUUUAAGCAUUUUUUAAUAUUAGGCCAUCCUGGCUCAGGCAAGACUACUCUAUCGAAAUGGUUGGUAAUGAACAUGGCUAAGCAAUGCUUAGGCGAUAAUAAUAUGUUAUUUGAAAAUAAAGAUUUUAUCAAAAGCAAAAUACCCAUUCUUAUUCCAAUAUGGAAAUAUGUUGAUCAAAUAAAAGAAAAUCGAAAUGAACAAAAGAAACCUUUACUUCAAUUUAUUUAUGAAAAUCCUACUUUUAAUUCAAUAUUUUUCACUGAUGAAGAACACAAACUACUGUCAUGUUUGAUGAAAGAAUCGUUAGUACAAGGAAAUGUUUUAAUUGUUUUUGAAGGAUUAGAUGAAGUUCCUGCCCAUGUAGAUCGAACGGAUUUAAUGAAAGAAAUUAACACAUUAUUGGAACGCGGAAUAGACUAUGAUGUAACAUUUAAUAGACUUACUCAUUCGACUUAUGAACAAAAAGAAAUAAAUAAUACCAAAGAUCCUAAUACUGGCAAUCGAUUUAUUAUAACGAGUCGUAUCGAAGGAAAUUAUUUUGACGAAAUCAACUUUUAUAUUCCAAGAUUGACUAUUGAAAAUAUGUCGAAUGAUGCUCUCAAAUUAUUUUGUAGUUCAUAUAUGAAAUGUAUUAAUGAUAUUGCAGAUCAAACAGGACGAGUUACUAAAAAAUACAACCACAAUCAAUUGUAUAAUGAUAUAACUAAAAAUAAAGAUAUUUUUCAUUUGGCAAUUAAUCCACAAUUAGCUAGUGUGAUUGCAGCCGUCUAUAAUCAAUAUGAAGACAAGUUACCGGAAAAAAGAAUUGAUUUAUAUGAAAAAGCGGUUGAAAAAAUGAUAGGACGUUUAGUAAGUCCUUGUGUUGAUUCUUCAACAAAUUAUCUUAAUCAAGAACUUGGAUUGAAUGCUACUCUUCUAUGGUCAAUACUACAAGCAAUAGCUGAAUAUUUGCAUAGUAAAGUUGAAGGAUUAUCAGAGCAGAUGCUAAAAGAAAUAGUAAGAAAAUCUUUAAUAGAUUAUCAGAGUCUAUCAUUGAAUAGUUUUAAAAUUGAUAGUGAUGCUUUACUCGUUAAGCUUGUCGAUAUAUUUAAAUAUCAAGCAGGUCUACUCAAUGAAUUUGGUCAUAAUAGUUUUCGAUUUAUACAUCGUACAUUUCAGGAAUAUCUUGCCGGUAAAAGUAUUAUCUAUUCUUAUGGAACCGAACGAUCCGAAAAUGAAAUCUAUCAAAAUAUUAAUAGCAAAAUCGGUAUUCCUAAUUGGAGGGUUCCACUCAGUAUGACAUUUGGAAUACUCAGUAAAUCGGCUCAACAUGGUGCAUUAUUUAAAAAUAUUAUUACAAAAUUGUUACACGAUGAACAAGUUUCGUCGAAUAGAGAAUCUUCAACAUUACUAGUACCAUUUGUUCUAAUAGAUUCAUUAAAUGAUAUGUAUUUUUCAUCGAAUGAUACCGAAUACGAAUUAAUUCGAAUACUAGCCGAUAUGCUUCUGUUGGAUUAUAGAAAUUUGUCUGGCUUCUCAAGAUUAAAACAACAUCAGGAAUUAAUUCAUUCGUAUAUCAUGAAACUGAAAACAAAACACGAGACUAUAAUGACAGCAUGGUUCAUGGAAAAGAUAAAUCAUGAAGAAAGUGUUGCUGCAUGUGCAAAUAUUAUUUAUCGACUUAAGUGGUAUAAUAAAAAAUUUCAUGAAACAUUUCUAAAGAAUUUACACAAUGAUUCCCUGGUUUGGAGUUGGCCGAUCGAUUCAGUUCUACGAUUUUAUUCGAAUGAAAUCAAAGAUAAAUCAGUUUUACUUCAAUUAAAAUUCAAAAUUGAAUUAAAUAGAAAUCCACAAAUGAUCGAGUAUAUUCUAAAGAAUAAUACUUGGCUUUGUUUAAUUACUGCCCUUUAUGGAGGAUAUAAAAAUUAUAAUACUCAAGCGACAAUUUCAGAAUAUUAUGAAAUAGCUCAAUUUCUUAGGUUGAGUGACUGCCAGAGGGUACCCUUUAACUUUUACUAUCAAGAAAUAUGGGGCCGAGAUGACCCAUCCUAUCGUAUGGCUGUGCACCUCGAUACAGUAGUAUCGAAAAAACGCUGGACUGAAACGCCCAUUUUUGAUAAGAAUGACAUCUACAAAGAGUCGUUUCUCACAAACAAAAUCGUUGAAUUAAUUGUACAAGAAAAAUCUCCGAUCGACUUGAUAGAAGAAUUGCAUUACCAAAUAAUCAGUCAUGAAUUAAAUGCCAAUGACAAGACGGAAGCAUUUAUUGUAUUGGUCGUUCUAGGCGAUUUUGAUUUUUUAACUGAUACUAUCAAAAAUGAAAAUGAAAUAUUUAUGAAGUAUUUUCAAAAUCGAAUCGAGCAACUUAUCGACAUUUUGAAAGAUCCAAUCGCACGAUGGUCUUCCCAUGUCGCUAAAUAUUUACAAGAAGUUUACAACAUUAUGAAAGUGAAUCAGACGACAUGUCAUUUAUCCUUUUUAAAUUAUUGUACGCUACAUUUAUCUCUAAUAGCCGAUAGCGGCGGAUUACCUGUUGACACCAAAGCAUUAGCUAAAUCUAUAGAUAAUGCCGAAGAUCAAUAUAGUUUAUAUGCAGAAUAUUUUGUCUUUCCAUUGACUGGUGGUAUUGAUAGUACCGAAUGUCAAAUCCCGCUACUAUUGGAACAAUCGAUUUCUAUUAGUAAACCUGAUCAAAUUAUGAAAUCAUUGUUAAAAAUUAGCAAUGCAGUUCAGAUUUAUAGACCAAUUCGAGCAUAUUCAUGGCCUUUAGAUAAAUUUAUUUUUCAAUCGAAUAAUAACGACGAUAUGCCAAUAGCAUUCUUCAAUUGUUUAGAGAAUAUCCAUAUCAAUGCAGCGGAGCUGAUUGAUACUGUUUCUGGGAUCUUCUGUAAAGAUGAAUGUUUUAAUAGAAAUUCUGAAUUAAUUCCAUUAGUUGUAUUAUUAAAUUUUGGAAUUAUGUCAAACAACUUAGAUAGAUUUAAGAUCUAUAAGAAUUUAUUACCUGAACUAGUUGGCCAAUCGGAUACGAGAGAUUUUCUAUGCGAAAAAAUUCAAUUAAUGUGCGACCCUUAUUAUAAAUCAAGAGCAUUAUAUCAAUUAGCUGAGUUUUAUGAUGAAAAAAGUUUUGAAUUAUUGAAUCAAUCGUUUCUAUUAGCUAAAAAAAUCCAGGAGCCAAGUUUAAAAUUUCAAGUUUUAGAAAAAAUCUUUACUGUUGUUCAUUAUAAGGAAAUCGAGCAAAAAUUAUUCAUUCAGAAAAUAGUCGACGAGUUAUUUUUAACAUGCAACAAUAUUUCGGAUGUUUACAAUCGAACAAUUGCAUCAAUAAGAUUAUCAUUUUAUGGAUCCGGAGAAGUUCGAAAAAGGUAUUUAACAACUGCUGUAGAAACACUUAAAACAAUGGAUGAAAACGAAGAUAAAAUCAAACUAAUCAUUCAAUUAAAACCUUUAGUAAGUAUUUACGAUGAUCUCCAAAUCAAAUUCAAUGAAAUUAUAAUAAAUCUCAAUAAUAAAAUGAAUUAUUAUUUUGUUAAUUCUUACUAUGGAAGAAUAUUAUUUACUGAACAAUUUCAUGUUCAAUCUUCGCAUUCAAGUGUAGAUGCCAAUCUAAAUCUAGAAGAUGAAAAUGCAAAAAAAGAAGUUGAAGGCAUCCCAAACUAUGCCGAACUUCAAUCUUUAUUCUUGUUAUUUGCACAAUUGAAGGACACAAAAUUAAUAAUGAAUAAAACCGAUAGUAUAGAUCAACUAUGGGCUAAUCUAUUUCGAGAUACAGAUAAUCAAUCAAAUAUCGAAAAGAUAUUAAACAUUGGCUUACGCGAUGAAAUAUUUUUAACGCCACACGUAGCCAUAAUUAUUGAUGAAUUGAUAGAAAAAGGCAAAGAAGAUAUGAUUUCAAUACUUUUUCCAUACAUUAUAAAACCAUCCAAUGAAGUAUUACCUAUUGUUCAAAGAUGGUUUACUCAAAAUACUAACAAUAAAAUAAAACAUUUAGCAGCUAUUUUACUUUCAGAAGCUAAACAUAUUUUUGAGUCGUCCGUUGACAUAAUUGUUGGCUUACUAACAACCGACAAUGACCAAAUGAGAUAUAGAGCUCAGAGAAUUUUUCAACAUCCAGACAGAGACGUGAGAGAGCCCAACAAGAGAAUAUCUGUCAUAGGCGAGAAAACAUUAUUGAAAAUCCUUGAAAGUUUACGUAUGAACGAACAUCUACCACGUAUUCGAGCUUAUGUUAAUAGUUUUUUCUACGAUUUACUAUGGGAUGAUCCUAGAGUUUUUCGUAAUUUAUAUGAAAAUAUAAAUCGAUUGGACGAUAACAACGCUACUUAUAGUAGAAGAAUGAAGUCUUUCAAUACAAUCUAUUUCAUAGAUGCUCAUACUUGGAAUGCAAUAAUGAAAACAUUAGAAUUACCGGUACAUCCAUUCUAUCUGAAAGGACUACUUUACUCGGUAAUGAAAUUAGCUCAAAAUAAUAAAAUUACACCAGAAGAGUGGAUGCAAUUUGCAAGAAUACUAUCAAUGACGGAUACAAAUCAAUUUAAAGAACGAUUAUAUUUCGUACGUACUGAUAUUGAAAGAAUCGAAUUCAUUAUUGAUAAUAUUUCCAUGUUAACAAAUUAUCAUGAUGAAACAUAUUUUGAAAUGCUUGAAUCGAAACUAAUCAACGAAUACUGUGUUAAAGAUGAACAACUCUCACUGAGUACUUACAAUGGUAUUAAACAGAUAGGUCGUUGUAAUCUUUAUGGUUCGGCUGAUAUUAAUGAAAUGAUAUUAAAUAGAAUUAAUAAUAUUUCUCUAAAUCUUGCUCUUAUGGAAAGUUUAAUCAAAUGGUUAUUUAAAAAUCUAAAAAGUUAUAAAAGUCUUGACGAUACAUGGUUUUCAAUGAUGAUGUGUGAUUGUUUAUUAUCGUUGGUUUCUGCGUGUGUUCAAAAAGAAGAUUAUUUGUAUCGAAAAAUAACGAAUUCUCCAAAUUUUAACAAAGUUCAAAUGAUUACAGUUUUGGAAAAAAUACUCAAUACUCAUCCGUGUUAUACAGCACGAGGCAAUGCUUUCAUAUUACUUUUAGCAAUGGAUGAGUCAAAUCAUAAAGUAAUCAUAAAUGCGAUGAACGCAUUACUUGAUGAGAAUGAGGUCAAGAAAUAUUAUGCAAUUGGAAUUCUCUUAAUACAUUUAUCACCGAAUGAAUUUAUUGACGAUUUGGUAGAAUCUCUAAAAAAUGAAAGUGCAAUAAAAGCAUAUGAAAUAUUAAAUAUUUUUACGGAGUUUGCUUUAAACGAAAAACUAGAUUCAAACAGUAAAUCAAAGAUAAUAAACUAUUUAGCCAAUGAAAUCGGACAGUUAAAAUCCAAGAAACCUGUUAAUUACUAUUAUACAGAUAUAAAAAUUCCUUUUACAACAACAUUGGAAAAUGAAUUAUAUAAAGCAUGGAUUAAGAUUCAAGGACUCUCGGGUAAAACACAGUAUUAG